ACUUCAUCAAUCCAAUAUCAAACCUUUCAGAUUUGCUCAUUGCCAAGAAUUCAACAUUUUCCAUCAAUCUCUAUAUCUGUCCUUGUUCAAAUGUCAGAAAAACUUUCCCACAUUUCAUCCUUGAAUGAGCCUUUACUACCAGGGAGGGAGCAGCAUGUGCUAGGGCAUGUCAUAGAUGACGAAAAAGUCACAGCCUCUUUUCCUUCUACUGAUAAUACUGUAUCAUUUUUUCGCACCUGUCUUAAUGGACUCAAUACAUUAUCAGGUGUUGGGAUACUCUCUGUUCCAUAUGCUCUUGCAGCUGGAGGGUGGUUAAGCUUGACUCUUUUGCUUGCUAUUGCUGCUGCAGCAUGUUACACAGGCAUGUUAAUUCAAAGAUGCUUGGAUAUGAAUUCGAAUAUUAGAAGCUACCCUGAUAUAGGUGAGGUUGCAUUUGGAAAGAUAGGAAGGUUAGUAGUUUCAGUGUCCAUGUACACUGAGCUAUACUUAGUUUCAACAGGGUUCUUGAUUCUAGAAGGUGAUAACUUGAGUAAUUUAUUCCCAAUUGAGGAGGUUCAGAUAGGUGGCUUGGCAAUUAGUGGGAAGCAAUUCUUUGUGAUAUUGGUUGCACUUAUCGUCUUGCCAACAGUUUGGUUGGAUAACUUGAGCCUACUUUCUUAUGUUUCUGCAAGUGGAGUUUUUGCUUCUGCUAUCAUUAUUCUCUCAAUAUUAUGGACUGCAACAUUUGAUGGAGUUGGUUUUCAUCAAAAGGGGACUCUUUUUAAUUGGAAUGGAAUCCCCACAGCUGUUAGCUUGUAUGCCUUUUGUUACUGUGCACAUCCAGUCUUCCCCACUUUGUACAAUUCCAUGACAAACAAACACCACUUCUCUAAUGUCCUAUUUGUAUGCUUUGCGUUGAGCACAAUGGGUUAUGCAUCGAUGGCUAUAAUUGGUUACCUAAUGUUUGGCCCACAAGUUGAAUCACAAGUAACAUUAAACCUGCCACUAGACAAAGUAAGUUCAAAUUUAGCAAUAUACACUACUUUGAUCAAUCCCAUAUCCAAGUAUGGUUUGAUGGCAACACCGAUUACGAAUGCUUUGAAAGACUUCCUUCCAAGAACGUACAGGAAUAGAAUGAGCAACAUUUUAGUGAGCACUGCGUUGGUAAUAAGCACUACCAUUGUUGCCCUCACUGUUCCUUUCUUUGGGUAUCUCAUGUCCCUGGUUGGAGCGUUUCUAAGUGUCACAGCUUCUAUUCUGCUUCCAUGCUUGUGUUACUUGAAGAUUUCAGGCACUUACAGGAAAUUUGGGAGUGAAACGGUGGCCAUAGUAGCAAUAAUAAUAGCAGGUAUAGCAAUGGGAAUAUCCGGGACUUACACAUCUGUCAGGGACAUAGUGCAACAUUUGUAAUGGACAAUGUGGUGCCUAUUCUAUUUACUAAGCGUUUUCGUAAGAAGAACAAUCACUCUUAUGACUUAUCAUUAGAGGUGGCUGCCUAAGUCAAAUUGAAAAGAUUGAUUUGAAUUUAAAAAAUAGAAA